GAUUUUCGAUGCGGUGUAAUGCGGCACACCGCAUUUAUUCCUGGAUUGAUUAUAUUGUAAGGCACUGUUCAUAAGAUAAAUACUCCAAUAUAAUAUUUUUUCACAAUGGCUCAGGCGGGAAUUGAAAAGUUAUCCUUAAAGGAGAUUUUCACGUCGGAUAAGAGAGGUAACGAUGAAACUGGAGAUGGUACCGAGAACAAGCCGUUUAAAACGAUCCUCCAGGCGAUGCGUAAAGCGGGGAAAGAGCCUUUUCCAACGAUCUACGUUGACUCUAAAGAGGAAGGGAAAAUUUACGAUGUAGCUGCAAAGUCUCAGCUUAAGAAAAUCCAGAAGAUCUGGGUAAGAGAAGCCCACAAGGCAGCGGAUAAGGCUAAGCUUGAAGAGGAAACCAAUGAGAAGAGAGUGCAGAACAUGGAAGAAGCAAAGAAAAUUAUUAUUAAGAACGACCCGAACUUGCCAAAAGCGACAACGGUGAAGAUUUAUGAGACUCCGGAGCAUCGUGGCAAGCGUAUUUGCCUCCGAGGCUGGGUCCACCGGCUACGAAGACAAGGCAAAGCCCUGGCGUUCCUCACGCUCCGUGACGGUACGGGCUACUUGCAGUGUGUGCUCCAUGGCCCCCUCUGCCAGACCUACAAUGCUCUGUUGUUGUCAACUGAGUCUUCAGUUAUUAUCUACGGCUCAUUGGAGGUUUUGCCUGAAGGGAAAACUGCUCCGGGUGGACAUGAGUUGACAGCGGAUUACUGGGAGUUGGUGGGCCUAGCGCCACCAGGGGGCGCUGAUGCCAUUCUCAACGAAGAGGCCCUAGUUGAUGUGCAGCUUGAUAACAGGCACAUAAUGAUUCGCGGUGAAAACACAUCGAAGAUACUGCGCGCCCGCGCGGCCGUCACGCGGGCCUUCCGCGACCACUUCUACGCGCGCCAUUAUACGGAGGUGACGCCCCCGACGCUGGUGCAGACCCAGUGCGAGGGAGGCAGCACGCUGUUCAAGUUCAGCUAUUUCGGCGAGGAAGCAUACCUGACUCAGAGUUCCCAACUGUAUCUAGAAACUUGCCUGCCGGCCUUAGGAGAUGUGUACUGCAUCGCGCAGUCUUACCGCGCGGAGCAGUCUCGCACUAGACGCCAUCUUGCUGAAUACAGCCACGUGGAAGCAGAGUGUCCGUUCAUCACGUUCGAGGACUUGCUGGACCGUCUGGAGGACUUGGUGGUAGAUGUGGUCGACCGUGUGCUCGCCUCGCCCGACGCGCAGCUCGUCCACGAGCUUAACCCCAACUUCAAGAGGCCCCAGAGGCCGUUCAAGAGGAUGGCGUACACCGAGGCGCUGGAGUAUCUCAAGCAGAACAACAUUACCAAGGACGACGGCGCUUUCUACGAGUUCGGAGAUGACAUCCCCGAGCAGCCCGAGCGCAAGAUGACCGACGCGAUCGGCGUCCCUAUACUACUGCACAGCUUCCCCGCCGAGAUCAAGUCGUUCUACAUGCAGCGCUGCGCGCACGACCCGCGGCUCACCGAGUCCGUGGACGUGCUAAUGCCCGGCGUGGGAGAGAUCGUUGGCGGGUCCAUGAGGUCCUGGGACUACGACCAGCUUAUGGAAGGUUACAAACGCGAGGGCAUCGACCCCUCCCCGUACUACUGGUACACGGACCAGCGGAGGUUCGGCUCGACCCCGCACGGCGGCUACGGGCUGGGGCUGGAGCGGUUCCUGUGCUGGCUGCUCGACCGCUACCACAUCCGCGAGGUCUGUCUCUACCCGCGCUUCCUGGAGCGCUGCACUCCUUAG